CCAGGGUAAUGAUUUAAUAAUGUUGCGCAGUGUAAAAGUGUAGUGCAGUGUAGGUUUAAAAUUUAUUUGCGUGAGUUAUUAUGCCGUUGCACUUAUGCUUGUGCGUGAAUAAAUUAUCCACAUGUUGUAGUGAUCUCACUUAUUAAACUGUGCUGCUCUUUUUAUAUUUUUUAUUUAAUAAAAUUAAAUAUUUCCAAGAGCUGGUGAUCUUUUUUUAAAUAUUAUUUUUUUAUUUGUUUUUUUGUUCGUUGGUUACCAACUUUAUAGUCAUGUUGCCCUAUAAUAUAUUGUUAUUUGUAACUUUAAACUUAUUCAUAGCGGUACAUGGUCAUCACGGAGGAUACCCCGUUGAACCAUCACCUACGCCCGAAGGCUGCAUCCAUCCUAUUUACGUUCCAGUUCCAUCGCCGGACUACUACAAAUACGCCGACAAAUCCGAAGAAUACGCUCAUAAUGCCGCUUACAAAGUAGCCAGUCCGAGCCCUGUUCCCUACUCGGGUGCUCCUUUGGUCAACGUUUAUGUAGCUUCGUCUACUCCGAAAGCUUACGCGUCCGCUGAACACGAAGCUUACUCGGCUGAAUUAGCCGAUGUUAAAUACGGUGGCCAAAAGUUGGCUUACGCAGCUCCAGCUUACAGCGCACCAGUCAAACAAUCUUAUAUCUUGUCUUCGACCGCUAAACCCGCCUAUGCUUACUCGACUUCGGAGAAAUAUGCCGAAGAAUACAGUUCUAAGCAAUACAAACAACACUACGCUAGCUCUAGCUCAUCUGGUUACUCUUCAGCUUCCGGAUACUCCGAUGAAGAGAAAUCCUAUGGUUACUCCAAGACUCCAAUCCAAUACCAAUUCUCGUCUCCGGCUCUCGGAUACCAUUACAAUAAACCAACUGCAGCUCCAAUAACUUCGUACGCUUUGAGCGGAGCUAGCACUUAUGACAAGACUGCUUAUGGCGACCAUGCUGCUUAUGAAAAAGAAAACGCUUACAAAACCACCGGAUACGAUUACGGUAAAGCCGGAUAUGCUAAACAAUCCGCGUACAAAGUCAACAGCUACGAUCAUGGCAAUGCUGCUGCUGCUUACGGAUCUUACGACGCUGCUUACAAAACCCCAGCUUACGAUUACGGUAAAUUGAUCGCCUCCUACGGUAGCCAAGAUGCUUACAAAACUGGUUACACUGCCGGAUCCCAAUACUCUGCCGAAGAUGCUUACAACACACACGGUUACAAGGCUGGUUCCUCUUACAGCGAACACGGAGCUUACGGUAAACAAUCUUACGAACAACCCAAGACUUACUACUCGUCGACCCCAGCACCUUACUAUUCGACUUCUGCUCCUCAUUACUCUACUCCUGCGGUCCAUUACUCGACUCCAGCUCCUGCUAUCCACUACUCGACUCCAGCUCCUCAUUACUCCACUCCAGCUGUCCACUACUCGACUCCGGCUCCUUAUUACUCGAGCCCAGCUCCUUACUACUCGACUCCAGCUCCAUACCACGCUGAAGCCAAACCAGCUCAAUACUCUUCCUCUUACUCUUCGUCUUCUGCCUACGAUAAAGCUUCAGCUUACGCCAAAGAAUCCUACCAACACUCCGACUACAGCAGUGGUUCUCACGCUGCCUCAUACGCCAAACCAUAUGCUCCAGUAGCACCAUCCUACGUCAAACCUCUUUCCCAAGCUUACCCAAGCUCUUACGGUUACGCUGGCGAAUCCCAAUACGGACAAAAAUCGGCUAGUCAAUACAACAGCGCUUACUCCGGCAAAGAACACAGCAGCGGAUACUCGAGCAGCUCCAUCAACCUCGGUGGUCACUCGAAAUACGCCGAAUCUCCUAAAUACUACUCGGCUGCUGGUAAAUACCCAACUCCAGCUGCUUACCCCACCUACGCUCCGGCUCCAGCUGCUUACCCAACUUAUGCCCCAGCUCCAGCUUACCCAACCUAUGCUCCGGCUUCAGGUGCUUACCAAUCGUACACUCCAGCUUCAUACUCGGCUCAUGGUUCUGAAUACUCUGCCCAUGGUGCUUCAGGAUACGCUGCCGGACAUUCGUCCCUCGCUUCGGGAUACACCGCUGGACACUCUUCCCUCGCCUCAGGAUACUCUGCUGGACACUCUUCCCUCGCCUCAGGUUAUGCUGCAGGACAAUCCGCCCAUGCUGCCGGUUACGCUGCUGGCGCUUUGAGCUCCAAAUACGAUGCUUCCAAAGCUCAAUACUCUACCGGAUACAAAGUACAUGAAAGUCGUCCAUACGCCGCUCAAGAUGCUUACGUAGCUGGUCCCCAUGCUGCUGCUUACCCAUCUCCAUCGCCAGCUUACUACAAACCUACUGCCCCAGCUAAAUCUUACCCACAAACUGGAUACAGUCCAGCUAUCUAUACCUCGCCCGCUGCCUCGCCAGCUUAUUUCGCCUCUUACCCAUCUGCCGCUGCUGCCCCAGUCCACCAAUACGCUUCGGCCGCUGUACCAGUAUACCCAACUGCCGGAGUAGCUCAAUACUCGUCUCAAUACCCAUCGUCGGGAUACAAAUCGUCUGAGAAAUCCCAUCACCAAUACAACUCCGAGAAGUCAGUCCACAGCAAUUAUCAAGAAUACUAUGAUGAACACCCACGUUACGCUUAUGCCUACAGCGUAGACGAUGACUACACCGGAGACCACCACAGACAACAAGAAGAACGCGAUGGUGAUGUCGUUAAAGGUCAAUACAGUCUAGUUGAACCCGAUGGCUCAGUCAGAGUAGUCGAAUACGUCGCUGACUGGGAUACUGGAUUCCACGCCACCGUCACCAAAGACGGAAAAGUCUUACAUAAAAAUUAAAUUCUCUUCGCCCUUCAUUCUCUUGAAAAACCUCCUUCCCCAUUAACCUCAGUCAAACUAUUUCAUUUUUCAUUACCAACAUAUGACGAUUGUAUUUUCGUCUAGACUGAUGUUUGUUAUAUAUUUUUUUUUUUGAAAACCCCAAAAUGAAAUUUCAGGUCAAAGUAAGACCAUGACCAACUAACAUGACACUCAAAAACACUGCCAUACUUGUGUAAAAAAAAAAAUCGUGCUCAUAGGUUCCAAAAGUUACCUGGUUAUUAGUUCCAUAACUGUAUACUAAAAUAGUUACCUGUGAAGUUACGUGUAAUGUGCUGCCCUUUUUAUUAUUUUUUAUUUAUUUGUAUUUAUUUAUACAUUUUUUUCUAGUUACAAGAAUUAUGUAACUGCAUUUCAUUUAAGUUGUAAUGUUUUUUUUUCUCUCUCUCUCUCUUUUAAUCAGUACGAAAAAGUCAAUACAUCGAGUAAUUUUUAUUUAUUUA